AUGAAGAUUAGUGUAAGAGAAAUGACAAUGGUCAAGCCAACAGAUGAGACACCGAGGCGAAAGCUGUGGAGCUCCAUCCUCGACGUAGUGCACCCGAAUCUUCACACAGAAAUUGUGUAUUUCUACCGGUCCAAUGGUGAUGCCAACUUCUUUGAUACACAAGUUUUGAAAGAUGCAUUGAGCAGGGCUUUGGUUGCAUUUUAUCCUUUAGGAGGUCGGCUAAAAGAAUACCAAAAUGGUCGAGUUGAGGUAAAUUGUCAAGGACAAGGAGCAUUGUUCGUUGAAGCAGAAUCUGAUGGUGUGAUUGAUUAUUUUGGUGAGUUUGCACCUACAAUGGAGCUUCGAAAACUCAUACCGGCUGUUGACCACUCCCUACCAAUCGAAUCCAAACCUGUACUCAUAUUGCAGGUAACCUAUUUCAAAUGUGGGGGAGUUUCCCUUGGAGUUGGGAUGUUUCAUUCCGUCGUGGAUGCAGCAUCCAUGAUCCACUUUAUCAACACAUGGUCAGAAAUGGCUCGUGGACUUGACCAAAUUACUAUACCACCUUUCAUAGACCCGACCCUCCUUAGUGCUCGCAACCCACCACAACCCGUCUUUGAACACGUCGAGUACAAGCCCGCCUACUCUCCAAGUGCACUGAAAUCAGUACUACUUCAAAAAGCACCAUCAGAUGAAACCACCGUGUCAUCAAUAUUCAAGUUAACACGAGACCAGCUCGAUUCGCUUAAAGUUAAAUCAAAGGAAGAUGGUAACACAAUCAUCAACUACAGCACUUUUGAGUUGCUCGCUGGCCAUAUUUGGAAGUGCAUAUGUAAAGCCCGGGGGCUUUCGGAUGAUCAAGAAACUAAGCUCUACUUUGCUAUUGACGGGAGAGCCCGUUUUCAGCCCAGUCUGCCAAAUGGUUAUUUUGGGAAUGGUGCUCUUUUAGGAACAACAAUUCCUACAACGGUAGCAGGUGAGGUAAAAUCAAAUCCUAGUUCGUAUGCUGCUAGUAAGAUCCACGAUGCAAUUGUGAUACGGGACAACAACUAUCUGAGGUCUACACUCGACUAUCUGGAACUACAACCACCCAAUAUGAAGGCUGUACUUUUCGGUAUCUUCCAGAGUUGUAACUCCUCGAAUCUUGCAAUAAGCAGUUGGGCUAAGUUCCCACUUUAUGAUGCUGACUUUGGAUGGGGUCGACCUAUAUUUGUGGGGCUUCCUUGGCUUCCGGUAGAAGGUAUUGGUUUUGUGUUGCCAAGCCCCAUCAAUGAUGGGGGCUUGUCAUUAUUCAUUCGGCUUAAACUUGAGCACCACAAGCGUUUCACCAACUUGUUCUACGACAUCUGA